UAUAAACAACAAAUUAUACAUAUAUAUACGUACAUAAAAAGUUUAAAAUUAUUUCACCAAAAUUAUUUCGUUUAAACUAAGAAUAGAAUUGAAACAAGAUAUUGCAAAAAUGCUUUUUGCGAAAAACAGAAUGUCAAUUUUGUUAACAACCUAAUUAAAUCGCUUUUCCGAACAAAUGAUGUGUCUGUCCGACUGGCGCAUCGUUGCGACGCUCAUUCUCUUUCGCACGAGAUAAGAGUCCAAUCAUGGUGGACAAGUUGCACGAGUACGAGGGACUUACCGGUAGAAUACACGGUGUUCGCGACACCAUCAGGGAACGAUGGGGCGUGUGGAAAGAGUGGAAAGACGGUCUGAAUCUUGAUCAGGGUUUGGACGGGUUGAAGCAACAUUUGCGAGGGCCGCCCAAAUUGGAACGCACGCUCGAAGAUUACUCUCACAUCUACAGGAAGAAGACUCGAGCCGAAUUGGUUCGGGUGUCCGCGGCGGUGAUGGGAAUCGAAUUUUCGUACGCGGCGGAGACCGCUUUCGUCUCGCCAACGUUGCUGAAGAUAGGCGUCGAUCACCAGCACAUGACGCUGGUUUGGGCACUGAGUCCCCUCGUCGGUUUCUUCGUGACGCCCAUUCUCGGCAGCAUGAGCGAUCGCUGCAGACUCAAACACGGCAGAAGACGACCUUUUAUCCUUCUUCUAGCUUUGGGAGUUUUCAUAGGUCUUAUACUGGUGCCGAACGGCGAGCACAUCGGCUACGCGUUCGGCGACACGAAGUUUCACACGAACGAGACGAUUCCUCUCGGACAUCAUCGCACAACGGCAAAGGAAGAAGCGUUUCAUCCAUCCGCUAACAGGAUUUCGUCGCAUUCCUGGGGUAUUUUCUUCACUAUUCUCGGCACGGUGUUGCUGGACUUCGACGCGGACGCCUGUCAGAGUCCCGCGAGAGCUUAUCUUCUUGAUGUUACCGUACCUGAGGAUCAUGCCAAAGGUCUGAGCACGUUCACUAUAAUGGCGGGUUUGGGUGGUUUCAUGGGUUACGGUUUGGGCGGAAUAAACUGGGACGCCACGUCGCUCGGCGUCAUGCUGGGCGGGCAUCUGCACGCGACUUUCACCCUCAUCACGAUCAUCUUUAUAAUCUGCGUCACCUCGACAAUCACCAGCUUCAAGGAAAUUCCCCUCGAAGUGUUGGAGAGAGAUCAAUAUCGACGAAUUGACGAAUCCAAGGUUUCGGAAGAAACUCAAGGAACGGAAAACAAAUCGGACGAGCACGAAAAAAUUUUUACCGAUGAGCAAAAAAUGUACGGUGCUCUCGACGCUAAGCGCGAAACCGAAUCUUCGAAGACGGAGGAAUUCCCACUUAAUCCGCUGCCGACUCAACCGUCUGAUCAUUCCGAGAAUCCACUUUCCGAAGACGGUCAUGCGAACGCUGGUUUCGAUGAAAGCGAAGGCGAUGUAAAUCCCAAGGCGACUUUGAAGGAGUACCUGAUGUCCAUCGUUUACAUGCCUCAAAGUCUCCGCCUGGUAUGCUUGACGAAUCUCUUCUGCUGGAUGGCGCACGUGUGCUAUUCUUUAUAUUUCACGGACUUUGUUGGUGAAGCGGUGUUCGGCGGUAAUCCGCAGGCGCCUGCGAACACCCUCGAACGCGAGCUCUACGAGGAAGGCGUGCGAUUCGGAUGCUGGGGAAUGUCCAUGUACUCGCUGUCCUGCUCGUGCUACUCGCUCAUCAUCGAACGACUGAUCCAGCGCUUCCGAGCGCGCAAAGUUUACAUCUACGGAUUGCUGUUCUACAGCGCGGGCAUGAUGCUGAUGGCUUUAACGAAGCAUCCGGUCGGUGUGAUCGUUUUCUCGUGGGCAGCCGGCGUCAUGUACUCCACGCUGUUUACCAUGCCGUAUCUUCUAGUGGCGCAUUAUCACGCGUCCUCGACGUUCGCCCUCACGACGACGGGUGACGCGAUAUCCGGUGGUUUCGUGCGUGGACUCGGCACCGACAUUGCCAUCGUCUCCUCCAUGGUGUUCCUCGCGCAGUUCCUGCUGUCCUGUUGCUUAGGAACGAUCGUCAGUCUCUCGAACAGCACCGCGGCGGUGGUGUACGUUGCCAGCAUCCUGGCUACCUGCGGCGCAGCCUCGGCCACGCAAAUCAUGUAUCUCGAUCUUUAAACUUCUUUCUCGAAUCAAUCUCUUCCCGAAUGUCGAAUGCUGAAUUCGAUUACUGACAGAGAAAACUAGAAUAAUUGAUUAAAAACAAACAAAUCACAGAACAAAUACUAUUUCGUAAGAUAUAUAGAAAGAAUAAAAAAACUGUCUAAAGAAAAUAUAACUGAAUAGAUCCAAUUUAAAACAAAUGUAUUACUCUGUCAUCGUACACAGACAACUGUAAUCAUAGAAUAAUAAUCGUCAACCUUAAUAUUUCGUCGUCAACUGUGGUUUAAUUUGUAUACACGUUCUAUUUUAUAUUUACAUGUAAAACCUCUGAAUUAUCAGUUAUACAAUGCUAGUUGAACAUCUCAGAUAUAUUAUUUUACUAAGCAAGUAUCUUACUCACUAGAUAGUUUAUCCGUUUUUAACUCCCGACAUGUGUAACAUCUUUGUUUAAUCAACAAUUGGACGGAUACGCGUACAAUGUAUAUAUACUGUGAAACAAUCUCGAUCAAUAUAUGUAUAAAAAUCUA